AAUCCUUCUCAAUUUUCAAGAUUAUAGAGGCAUGAGUUGGAGUCUUGUACUUCUGAGGAAGGAUAUACAGUGCUGGCACUCCCCCACUCUGAGGAAUAAGGAUCUGCCCUCAAAAAGUUAAAAAGUAGAAAAAAAAUCCGAAGUGAAGAAUCCUAGAGGACCCCCCUUGAGAGCUGAAGGCCACCCUUCCCUCAUGUGAAAGGCACUCCUUUACCCUGCUUCUGACAGGUUGCAGUUACUGUAAGUUAAAAUGAAUGUGUUGCCUCGAGCGAUCCUACAAAGCCCACGGGAGCAUCCCCGGUUUGUAACGCAGCCUGUUUGCCCCCCAUUAGACUUUGCAAGGAUUCAUUUGAUCAAAGACAAAGAUGGCAUAGAUGAUUAUUUGGCGAAGAAUAUCAAAGGGUUGUCAAAACAAGAAGCUGCAGCUAACAGGAAUUCAUACACGAAGAACAUCUGCAUAGACAUGCUGCGACGGGGUUAUCACAAGUCCUUCUCCGAGCUCUUCACUCUGAUACAGAAGUGGAAUGCCUUGAGGGAGGCUGCAGGGCCUGGGUCAGCCAUAUGGCAUGAGAAGUCCCUGGAGGAGCAGCCUGAUAAGCUGGAUCAGCUUUACCACUUCCUGACCAGGGCUGAGACAGCCCAGCGAGCAGGGCUCUAUGAGGAGGUAUACGACAACCAGCUUAGCUUGGCCUGCUCUUUCAAAGACCCCGAGGACAAAUGGUUAAGUGAUUACUUUUAUGAGCAAUGCUUUAACACUGCUCAAUUAGUAAAAAUUGAUGGUGGGAAGAGAAAGGCACAAGCACAUGUAAACAUGGGCCUCAUCAAUGAGGGACAAGGUCAUGUCAUGGAAGCUGCUGAGCAUUAUGAAGCAUUUUAUCAGCUAGCAGAGGGAUCAUCAUGGAAGGAUGAGACAGGCCAUACUUACAAUUUACUGGCAUGUGAGCAUCUCUGGAGAAUUUAUACAUUACUAGCAGACAAAAUGCUAGAAAAUAAAGAACACCAAGAGGCCAUCAAAACACUAAUAAAAGCUUUAAAGAUGGCAAAAGAAGCAGGUAAUGUAAAGAUGGAAGGAGAAGCUGCAUAUUGCUUAAGUUUGGCAUAUCAUUUUUCUGGAGAACAACAGACAGCAUUAUCAAUUUUGAACACCUCUUUAGCAAUAUUCACAGCGCUUCGUGAUUCUGCUGGCCUGGGCAGAGCAUAUGCAGCUGCAGCCAAGAUCCUGGCAAGUCAGGGAAAGUCAGCUGAAACUUUGAAGUACUUGGGAGAGUUUAUGCAGGAUGCUGAGAAUGCUCAUCUAAGCCAAAGUGUGGUGGAUGCAAAUGUAUUACUUGGGAAAGUUCACAAUGAAAGAGGGAACUAUGUUGAAGCUUUGGAAUAUUUCAGUCAGGCUUCUGAGGCAGCCAAAACUUUAAACAGUGUGCCCUUAGUGGAUGAAACAAAGGCUUACUGUGGCAUUGCAAAGGCUCAUCAGCUGAUGGUGGCAUUUAACAGCCAUGUAGCAGCAGAAGAUCCCGUCAGCCUCAAGUACCUGCUGGCAUGGAAGGAAAACAGAAGUGACAUGUGCGCUGACCCUCUUACAGUCGAACUUGAUAAAAAAACAAGUGCCUCAAAGCCUCUGUGAGCCUCUCUGUCCAAGACACCAGUUCUCAUUCCUUCCUGAGGAUGCCUCCUUACUGACAGAGGAGCUGAUAGAUAUAUAAUGAGUACAGGAAGAUCCUUGAGGAGACAUGCAACAAAGUAGGAAUUUCAGUAGGGAUUUUGUCAUUAAAAUGGGAGCACAGUGUUGCAGUACAAAUAUCUGAGAGCUCUCAGGUUUUUUAUGACUGAAACGUGGCUUCAAUGUGUGUUACAUGUUUUUAUCAAAAAUAGAUGGUGUUGUUGAAAUAAAUUAAAAAAAAAAAAA